GGCUAACUUUACAGCGUCGCUCUGUCACGGUGUCUCGGCUUCUUCUCUGUGGACAGGUUGUCUCCGCACAGAGAGCCGCCAGAGCCUCUGAGUGUCUGCACGAACCGGACGAAAGGACUCUGAGCUCCGCGCCCUCUGCUCCCACAGAGCUACGGAAGUUAGCUUAGCAUGUUAGCUGGAGACGGACUGAGGGGACACCGCGGGUCAGAGAGACCGUGAGACGGAGACACCGUGAGUCUCCGUGUCUGCGGUCCACAGGAUGAGAGCGCUGGAGAAGCAGCGGCUAACCGCAGCCGGUGCAGCGGCAGCAGCGCGGCUGACCUCUGACCUUUCCGACGUCCAGCAGCUGUUGGUGAGGACAGAGGAGUGUCCCCCCGAGCAGAGGAGCCCCAGCCCGGACCAGGAGGACCCAGAGCCCCCCCACAUCAAAGAGGAAGAGGAGGAGCUGUGGAGCAGUCAGGAGGGAGAGCAGCUUCAGGACCUGGAGGAGGCUGAAAUCAGCAGGUCCACAUUCAGUCCUGUCCCUGUGAAGACUGAGGACGAUGAAGAGAAGCCUCAGUCCUCACAGCUCCAUCAGAGCCACACUGAGGAGACCUGUGGAGGACCAGGACCAGCCAGGACCUCAGACCCAGACAGACAUUUACACCCAGACACUGAUGUAAAGACCUCAGAGUCUUCUGAGACAGACAUCAGCGACGAUGACUGGACAAAGACCAGGGAACCUCAGUCCGGUCUAAACCCUGUGAAGAACAACGUGCGUCAAACAGACAAGGACUCGCUGACCUGCUCUGAGUGCGGGAAAACAUUUGUCCACAAGACAAAUCUGAAGAGACACGUGAAGUGUCACACAGGAGAGAAACCGUUCAGCUGCUCCUUCUGUCAGAAAGAUUUCAGCCGGAGAGAACACCUGAUCGCUCACAUCCGCUGUCACUCAGGAGAGAAACCGUUCAGCUGUUCGCUCUGCGACACGCGCUUCCGUCACGGCUGGUCGUUGGACAAACACAUGAGAGUCCACAGCGGGGAGAAACCGUUUGGCUGCUCCGUGUGCAGCAGACGGUUCAGGCAGCGCUCGGACUUGGUCGCACACGUUCGAAUUCACACAGGAGAGAAACCGUUUUCCUGCUCAGUGUGUCAGAGCAGCUUCACUCAGCGUCACACUUUGGUUCAGCACAUGAGAACACACACCGGGGCCAAACCGUUCAGCUGCUCCGUCUGUGGUAAGACGUUCUCACGGAAGGGACAUAUGACGAGACACAUGACGGCACACACCGGGGAGAAACCGUUCAGCUGCGGCGUCUGUGGCAGAAGAUUCACCUGGCAGUCGCAGUUUAAACGACACGAGUGUCCUGCUGAGAGCAGCGGCAGGAAGACGACGAGUCAGCAUUAAAGCAACAGGAAACUGCUCCUGUGUACGUGUGUCGCACAAUAAACGGUCCCUGAGAAACUAGUUCUGAUGUC